CCCCAAAAGGCUUUCCUUUCACACCGCCAUCGUAGCAUCAUAACCAGCGCCCAAACUCGCCGGUAAAUAACCGCGUCGCCAUCUCGGUCUGUCUUCGAGAUUAAUACCCGAAUAAUACCAACCCCUCUACUUCUCUCGGUUUGACCAUUCAACACCACCAAGAUGGGCCUAGGAGGAUCCAAGAUGUGGAGCUGGCUCUCCCUGCUCAUGAAGCAGAAGGAGAUGCGCAUUCUCAUGGUUGGUCUUGACGCGGCCGGAAAGACCACCAUUCUGUACAAGCUCAAGUUGGGCGAGGUCGUCACUACCAUCCCGACCAUCGGCUUCAACGUCGAGACCGUCGAAUACCGUAACAUUCAGUUCACCGUCUGGGAUGUCGGUGGCCAGGACAAGAUCCGUCCUCUGUGGAGACACUACUUCCAGAACACCCAGGGUAUCAUCUUCGUCGUCGACAGCAACGACCGUGACCGUGUGCCCGAAGCCCGCGAGGAGCUGCAGCGCAUGCUCAACGAGGACGAGCUGAGGGACGCCCUUCUCCUGGUGUUCGCCAACAAGCAAGAUCUUCCGAAUGCCAUGAGUGUUGCCGAGAUCACAGACCAGCUCGGCCUCCACAGCCUGCGGCAACGCACCUGGUACAUCCAAUCCACCUGCGCCACCUUGGGUGACGGUCUCUUCGAAGGUCUCGACUGGCUCGCCCAGGAAAUCAAGAAGCACAACUAAAGCAAUCCUGCAACACCGGGGACCGGUCCUCCUCGCCCCCCCUUUAGCCAAGCGUGGCUCGAUUGUGCUCUAUCAGAUAUUCCACGUUAGGCAAACAGUCGACUAGCCCAUAGAUCAGCUCUGGCGGUUUGGUGCAUGCAUCGUGACCACCGCUUACGAAUGAGAAGAUGAACGCGGGGAGGGUGGCCGACACUCAUUUUGAAACUCCUGGUCACUUUUUCGGAAAGACGGAGGGGGCGCACUGGGUUGGGAUCAUGUACAAUUUGAUACACUCGUCAGGGAGAGACAAACAGUUCACUCACUGCUUUCCUCGACCCCAGACCAGAGACCAGGCCAAGUGGCCUCGCCGUGUGUGCUGUACCGAGAGGAUCGGAGCAGAGAACGAGUGCCUGGCCCGGGGGAAACACGCAGCGGGUUGUGCUUGGUUGUGCUUGGAGUAUAACGCGAGCAAGGGCUGUAAACAGUACGGGUAAUCAUCAAAUGUCGAUUUUGCGGUUUCUGCUCUUUUUCUUCUACUCUUGCUUUUCCUACUUUGAAAUUCUCCUGUUGUCCCACC